CAUCAGGUUUGUCAGCUGUGAGCCACCGUACAUGUAGAUUUCCCGUGGAGCUUCUCUCGCUGUCAGUCAGCUGUACGUGUCGGUAAGAUGGAAAGUGGGGACGCUGCUGCUCAGCGGCCAGUCACCUUGGACAUCACUGUGGUGGAUGUAGAAACGGACGCUCCAGUCAGCCCAGAGCCAACGUCCCUCCAGAACCCCUCCAGAGUCAUCGUCCUGCCCCAGGAGGACAGCAUCGACCUGGGUGGUGGAGAGUUUGCCUCUCCUCAGGAGUUCAGCAUUGCCACACCUUCAGAGAGCCUGAUGGAAAAGCUCAAUGAGCAGAUGAUGGAGAGCGUCAUGAUUUCGGAUUCGCCCCUAAACAGUGAGGAGAAUGAUGUGGCGCCCAUUGACUCUUUUCUGGAUGGAGAGGAGGAGGAGGAGGAGAAGAAGGAGGAUGAGGAGGAGGAGGAGGAAAGGGAGAAUGCAGGAGAGAUCUCAGGAGACAAGGAGGAACUAAGUGAAACUGGACCGACUAUAAUUACUCUUCAAGUUCCAGUGGAGGAACAUGAGGGAGGGGCUUCUGAGGAGGAAGUAGAAGAGGACACAAAAGAGCAGACAGACUCACAAGAGGAUGCUGUGGCUUUUGUUUCACCUCUGGUUGACACACAGGAUCAACAGAUUGACCUUCAAAGUGAGGAUCCAGCUACAGAGGAAGCCAGCGGGAUGAGCCCAAAACACGAAUCUCUUCCAGUGUGCACCAUAUUCAGCCACGGCACCCAGCCCAAGUCUCUGGUGCCUGAUGGCUUCCAGCCCACCCUCAUCAAGUCCCCAAGCUUUAGCAUGGGGAGUGGUGGGGGAGGUGAUGAUGCUGUGACCCCCAGCAAGUUAACAGCCCCUCUUGUAUGCCAACCCAGCCCCAGCCUCAGUAAAUUUUUCACCGACAAUGGACAGACCAAUCCAGCUACGGACUUCUUUGAUUCAUUUACUGCCCCCUCCGACUUCAUCUCUGUUUCCAAUCCCAAUGCAGAGAUUCCUCCGGGCGCCAGCCCUGCACCCAUAGCCCCCACACCUGAGCGCCAGCUCUCUUCCACCUCCUCAUCCAUCUCCUCUGCUGCAGGGCCCUUGGACUCUGACACUCCCACCCUUAUUACAGUGUUUGGCCCCGUCCCUACAGAAACAACCACUAAAACCCAACCUCCUACACCUCAAAUAGUCCUAGCUCCAACUGCUCCAACUGCCUCAGUCCCAACCUCUCAACCACAGCCCUUCAAUCAGCUCCAAGCUGUAUUCUCAGGCAAUGAUGACCCGUUUGCGACAGCGCUGAGCCUGAGUGAGGUGGAUAGGCGCCAUGAUGCCUGGCAGCCAUCUGAAGAAACCAGGAAGGUGUUGAUCUCUGUGGCCACUCAGCAGUUCAGCCCAGCCUUUGUGGAGACCAGCAAACUUACCAUGCCAGGACUCAAGUUUGACAACCUGCAGGGUGACGCUGUGAAGGACCUAAUGCUUCGUUUCCUGGGAGAACAGGCAGCCAUGAAGCGUCAAGUCCUCAACUCCAACUCCGUGGAGCAGUCGUUCACAGGCCUCAAACAACUCAUUACUAGUAAGAACUGGCGGGCUGCAGUAGAUCUGACGGGCCGGCUGCUGACAGCUCAUGGUCAGGGAUACGGGAAGGCUGGCCAGCCAACCUCCCACACCACCGACUCACUGCAGCUCUGGUUUGUGCGGCUGGCUCUUCUCAUCAAGCUGAACCUCUUCCAAAAUGCUGAGCUGGAGUUUGAACCCUUUGGCAACCUUGAUCAUCCAGACCUCUACUACGAGUACUAUCCCACUGUUUACCCUGGGAGGAGAGGCUCCAUGCUGCCGUUCUCCAUGCGGCUGUUGCACGCUGAGCUUCCCCAGUACCUGGCCAAGCCCCAGGAGGCUCUGGACCGCCUGCACACUCUCAAAACCGUCUGCCUUGCCAUUGUAGAGAACUUGGAGAAAGGCUUGGCUGAGGAUGGAACCAUGAUCACCUUAACGCCGGAGAACAGGCAAGCAUCACUUAAACUGUGGCAGUCUCGCCUCAGCCGGGUCAUGUACUCCAUGGCCAACUGUCUGCUGCUGAUGAAG